AUGAAAUUGCGUAAUAAAGAUGCUUGUAAACAAUGUCCAAUUUGCAAAACUCAUAUUGAACUCGAAGACAUAAUCAUUCGCUCAGAAAGUGAAAGACUUGAACGUCUGUUCAAAACUCGUUUUGAAAUCUUAUGGAUCGAUUACUUAUGUGAAUUACGUCAAAAGGAAAACUGUGCAAUUUGUCUUGAGAGCAUGAUCGACAGUGAUUGUUCGAUAAUUACAAAAUGUGGUCACAUGUAUCACACCAUGUGCAUCUGGUUAUCUUAUAUGGAUUCAAAAAAGUGUCCAAUGUGUAGGAAAAUCAUUAUUGGUAGAGAUAUUAAAGAUCUAAAUUUAAGACUAAAAUAUAUUUAAAUGAUACUGAAUAGGUUUUCUACUUUUUGAUAUUUUA